ACCAGUCAACGAUUUGCCAUGAGCUAGAGAAUAUCAUUUUCCAUCUCUCUAGAAAUUCUUCAACACACAAUUUUUCUCAGUCAAGUCAGUUGAAAAAAAAGGUCUAACAAAAAAAUUUAAAAGACAGACAGGAGUCAUCCUGGGUUUAUGUACCAACUUAAGUGUUGUAUACCUUUGUCAAACAAAAAGGCACAAAAAAAAAUCAACCAUCAAUACAAAAAAAAAAAAAAAACGCGUAGUAACUAAUAUACAAGAAGCCAUCUAGCGGAGACAAAAAAAAGUUAUUCCAAACCUACCCUGUUUUUCUAUAAAGCAGAUAAUACCUAUACGUCCGAUUUGUACGACGCGAUGACGACGUCGACGUAACACAAAAGAAAAACAAAGACGCGUUGUACAUAAAACAGUCGGAAAUAUAUUGACGGUGAAUCAGAGGGUUUCCUCUCUCGGCCGCUUUGGGUUGGCUGUCGAAGUGUCGAUGUCGGGGACCUUAUGUACACAAUUUUAUGCCGCGGAGGCUGUUCCCUGCUUUUCACCCCUGUUUAUAGAUUUGGGGACAGCAUCAGCACACACGACAACACAACACACAACCAAGGCAAGGCAAAGGAAACAACGACGCAUCAUACUUUCAUAUCCCGCGAAGCAUUGAUGUCGUGAACGCUCUGCUAUCGUCGUUGUUGCUGAAAUUUUUCUAUAGGUACCGUUAACGAAUCGAUAGAAAUAAUACUUGUUAUAUCCUUUCUAAUCCCUAAUGGCCGACGGUGGUUAAUUUUCGAUAUUUUUUUAAAUUUGUUUUAUAAAGUUCACAGUGUGUUUAUGCAUAUGCGAAAUAUUUGUUGAUUAACAGUUAUUUGCAAACACAAAAGUGCUAAGUGAUAAAUAAACACUUUUCGUAAUGAGAGUAAAGUGAUUUAAUUUUGUAUCGAAAAAAUCCAAUUGAAAUUUCCAAUUAGUGCGCUCGACGAAGAAGAAUUCAAAUAAGGAUAUAAGUUCUAACUAAAAAAGGUCUUGCAAAAACGUGUGCAAUGAAGGAGAAAAGUAAAAACGCUGCAAGGACCCGUCGUGAAAAGGAAAAUGCGGAAUUUUUCGAAUUGGCCAAAUUACUACCAUUGCCAAGUGCAAUUACAUCGCAACUGGACAAGGCGUCCAUCAUAAGAUUAACAACAUCGUACCUUAAAAUGCGGCAAGUCUUUCCGGAUGGACUCGGAGAAGCUUGGGGAUCAUCACAGCCAAUGCAGAGAGGAGCAGCUAUAAAAGAACUUGGCUCUCAUCUACUUCAGACUUUGGAUGGUUUUAUAUUUGUAGUGGCACCUGAUGGAAAAAUUAUGUACAUAUCUGAGACAGCUUCAGUGCACUUAGGAUUGAGUCAGGUCGAACUGACGGGAAAUUCAAUUUACGAAUACAUUCACAAUUUCGACCAAGAUGAAAUGAAUGCUAUCUUAUCACUUCGACCGGAUAUGUACCAAAAUCCCGACGUUUUUAUUAACUCACUCAACCUACCACCAAAUACUCCAAAUCCUUAUGUUUCUGGACAAGGUGAACGAGGUUCUUAUACUAUUGAAAUUGAAAAAACAUUUUUCCUGCGUAUGAAAUGUGUUUUAGCUAAGAGAAAUGCUGGACUGACAUCUUCUGGAUUUAAGGUAAUACACUGUUCUGGAUACCUGAAAGCGAGAAUAUUUCCUGAUUAUGGAGAUGGUCAAAGGUGCAUACAAAAUUUAGGUUUAGUUGCUGUUGGACAUUCACUGCCAUCAUCAGCGAUAACUGAAAUUAAAUUGCACCAAAAUAUGUUUAUGUUCCGAGCUAGUAUGGAUUUGAAGCUAAUAUUUCUGGAUGCAAGAGUCUCCCAACUAACAGGAUACGAGCCCCAGGAUUUAAUAGAAAAGACUCUCUAUCAAUAUAUUCACGUUGCUGAUGCCUUGCCUAUGAGAUGUUCUCAUCAAAUACUGAUGUUCAAAGGACAAGUUACCACCAAAUAUUAUCGAUUUCUCACCAAAGGCGGAGGGUGGGUCUGGGUGCAAUCGUAUGCCACAGUCGUUCACAAUACCCGCUCAUCUCGACCGCACUGUAUUGUGAGUGUGAACUACGUACUUAGUGAACUGGAAGCAAAGGAGUUCGUUUUGAAUGAAAUUCAGGGAGCUGUUAAGAGUGAACCACUCACCCCGGUGAUUUCGUCGCAUGUGGUCCAUUCGACAACACCAGCAUCCGUGGGGACACCAACAGCCGCCAUUACCCCCAGUGCUACCUCCAAAGUUGAACAGUGCUUCCAGUCUCGACUGUCUCAAGGAAGCUUUGACUACGCCCAGGUGUAUCCUACACCUGUACAUGACGUUAGUUCUAGCAUCAAUCAAAGUAUUCAAUUCGCCGACACUACUAGUAGUAACUACUAUAAUAAUCACUACUAUUACGAUUCGGUCGAUGCGAAUAUUAUUCGACCGUUUUCGGCGAAUUCGAGUAGUUGUAGUAGUAGUUCGGAAAGUGAACGCCAGAUGUCAACCGGAAAUGCCUCCAUUAUUAAUGAUACAUCCCCGCAUACUACUUAUAGUGAUUUAAGUCACAAUUUCGAGCUAAACUAUUUCUCAGACAAUAGUUCGAAUCCCCACCACAAUCAUCAUAAUCAUCAUCACCAUCAUCAACUUCAAAGUAAUCAUCACAACAAUGGUGAUUUGCAAACGAAUCAUCAUAAUCAUGCCGCACAUCACGCUCAACAACAACAACAACAGACACAUCAUCCCGUUGAAAGUACGUUUGGUGAUAGUUUUAAAAAUGUUAACCCGCCACAAUAUACUAGCGUGAUUGUUGAACCACAACAUUUUAUAGCUAAUGAGUUUGUUCACUAGGAUUAGGCUUAAAGCAUUAAAAAGUUCUUCUAAAUUUG